GUUCGACUUGAAGUUAAACAAACAAAACAAAUGCAAAUGUGUUCACCGAUGAUAAAUUACACUGAAACUUAUCAAUAAUAACUUCUCAUUUGGAAUAAAAGAAAUCCAACCACUAAAAGGGCACUGGGUGCUACAAUUUCUAUAAGUUUUCCUAGAAUACAAAAAAUAAUAUCAAUACACAAUGUUGGAUCGAUGUGAAAUGCCGAUACAGCUGGACAACGAGAAGCUGAGACGCGAUGUGCGUCUGUCCAGUUCUCGUUUGGAUUUGCCACAAUUGUGCAAUGGGAGUCGUCGUUUGGAUGCCCACAACAAUCAUGUACAUACGAAUGAUACAACGGCAAUUGUAACAACAACAACAACAAUGACAUCAGCAAGCAACAACAACAACAAUAACAAUAAUAACAACAUUGGUUCACCUGUCUCAUCAUCAACCACAAACAGCAGCAGCCAUGGCGUGGGCAAUGAACGUGGCUCAUCCACCAAAUCGAAUAGCAGCAGUGGCAGUGGCAGCUCUGGCAAUUCGGCCAGUAGCACAGGAAGUGCUGAGCUCAAAUGCAAUACGCCCAUGACACCAUCAGAGUUGGUUAAAAAGUAUCGCAACUAUCUGACCGAUUUGGAAUUUGAAGAGCUAAAGGUUUACAAAGAGGUCUGGUAUUUUGGCCAACAUGCCAGCAAGAACUACAAUAAGCCCGCCCCCACAGCCAAUACCACAAAUUUGGGCUACGAUGAUGAUAAUGGCAACUACAAGAUCAUUGAACACGAUCAUAUAGCCUUUAGGUAUGAGAUAUUAGAGGUAAUUGGCAAGGGAAGUUUCGGUCAGGUUAUACGGGCCUUGGAUCAUAAGACCAAUACACAUGUGGCCAUUAAAAUUAUAAGGAACAAGAAGCGUUUUCUUAAUCAGGCUGUGGUCGAGCUCAAUAUAUUGGAUGAGCUGCGAGAAAAGGAUGCAGAUGGAUCUCAUAAUGUUAUACAUAUGCUGGAUUAUACAUAUUUCCGUAAACAUUUGUGCAUUACCUUCGAGUUGAUGAGUCUCAAUCUGUAUGAACUAAUCAAGAAGAAUAACUAUAAUGGUUUUAGCAUGAGUCUUAUACGACGAUUCUGUAAUUCGAUAGUUAAAUGCCUGCGUCUACUCUACAAAGAGAAUAUAAUACACUGUGAUCUCAAGCCGGAAAAUAUCUUGCUCAAACAACGUGGCAGUAGCUCAAUUAAGGUCAUUGACUUUGGUAGCUCUUGCUAUGUGGAUCGCAAAAUCUAUACAUAUAUUCAAUCUCGCUUCUAUCGCUCACCUGAGGUGAUUCUAGGACUGCAAUAUGGCACAGCCAUCGAUAUGUGGAGCUUAGGCUGUAUUUUGGCAGAAUUGUAUACUGGAUUUCCACUAUUCCCCGGCGAAAAUGAGGUUGAGCAAUUGGCCUGCAUUAUGGAAGUAUUGGGAUUACCACCCAAGGUGCUCAUCUCAGUGGCUCGACGUCGUCGUUUGUUCUUUGAUUCGAGAGAUGCGCCACGUUGCAUUACCAACACGAAGGGACGAAAACGGGCACCGGGUAGCAAAUCUUUGGCACAGAUCCUACAUUGCCAGGAUCGGUAUUUCAUUGAUUUCCUACAGCGUUGCCUUGAAUGGGAUCCCGCGGAGCGUAUGACGCCCGAUGAGGCCGCCCAUCAUGAAUUCCUGCAGCCCUCCACCUCCAGUCGCCAUCGCAGUUGCCGCAUGUCAACCAGCUCAUCGAGUUCGGGUCUAAAUAGUGUAUCCCAGAAAUCGUCGUGCUACAACUUCGCCGAGAUCUCGCCGGGCAAUGGUCCCGUGGUCGCGUCCAUAACGAAUACGACAGCAGUGAGUAAUGCGGCCAUUACCACAAAGUCAUCGUCGAGGCCAUUGCAGGGACAUGCCCAGUCCAAUGGACACCUGCCCGAUAUCAAGCUGAGUGCCAGCGACAAAUACAAUAGCAUGCAAAAGGUAGCUGUUCGCUCCAAGAUCACAUCAAGUGUCUCAGAUUUGGAAUCGGUGCAGCAAUAUUCACUGCAUCGCAUCUACGGAGGAGUGGGCAAUGGCGGUGGUAGCACUCAUCAUGUCUCAUCGGCGGCCACAAGGAAACAUCUCAAUGGCGUUGGCAGUCAUGGCCACAUUAAUAAUAAUAAUAGCAACAACAAUUCAUCCAAAUAUGGAUCAUCCACCUUGGCGCACAAUCAUCACAAUGUGACUCAUCACAAUGCCUCGACAGCGACCAUUGCGACAACCACACAUCAUCAUCACCAUCAUCAUGCGGGUUCGGGUGGUGUCAAUCAGCAAUCGGGAGCUGGUGUCCCACAUUCACAAUCCACUGGCGAUGUGUCCGACAGAGCCAUAUUUGGGCGUGCUUGACUCCGGGCGCGGCCAACCAAGCUGGAGCUCAAAAAAUGCAAGCUGGUCAAUAUGAUGGACUUCUGGAGCUAGAAGUGGCGUACUCAGCCGCAAUUGCAAUGCGCUAAUUUGGCCGAGGAAAAGGAGGACUAAACGUUUCGAUAGAUAUUUUGUAAGACGCGAAUAUUCAACUGUUAUGUAAGCUAUGUAAGAGGAAUAUGUUUACAUAUGUAUGUAUACAAAUCUGGUAUAUAUGUGUGUAUGUUGUAAUUUGUAUUUGUAUGUGAGCGCAUUGCUAUUGUAUUUUCCCCCCGCACUCUCGAAAAAAUAUGUAAAACAUGUAGAUAUAUAUAAUUUCCUAUCUCUCAUCUUAUUUUUUCUCUUGCAACACUUUGCAGUAUUCUAUGCUAUCAUUAACUGUGUGCUCCUUGUGUUUUGUUUUAUGUAUCACUACUGCCAUAAUUGUAUUUCCACCUCCCCCCCUGAAAGUAUUCUGAAAAGCCUUCCCUCCAAUUUGCUGGAAAAUUCAUUUUCCCCAGGUGUUGCAAGUCCUUCAAUCCUGCUAGAGAUGUAAAUGUCAUAAGAAAACAAUAAUAACGAUUAUAUAUAUAUAUAUAUGCCAUAUGCCAUUCACAUCUCUGAUUUAUAUAAUCUAUAUAAAAUAAAACUGUAUUUAAUACUACGAACAAAACUAAUUACAUAAAUACAGAGAAGCCAGCUCAAAAGGAACAACAUAAACUUAGUUAAUAGUCUGUCUGUCUCUCUAUCUCUCUCACUCUCAUAGAUAAACAUUUAUGCAAUACACUUAAAGAAAAUAGUUCCAUAAAUCCAUCUCAUAUCCAUUCAAUAAACCACCAACACCCAAUCUAGUUAAGAAACUCGAUAUAUGUAUGUAUUGAUAGAAAUCGAUAACAAUUUCAUAUAGCUUCCAUGUCUUUUUGCAACAGUAUCCAGGCUGUUAUUAUUGUAGUUACAUAUGCGAAGGCAGAAAAUGUAUCUAUAUCUCUAUAUAGAUAUACAUAUAUACAAUAUAUAGAUAGAUAGUAAGUUAAAUUGUAAGUUAAGGCCCUGAAAUUGGCCAAGAAAAAACCCCGACAUACAAUACAAUACAAAAUAUAUAUAUUUAUAAAAUU